AUGGCCCCUAUAAUCGCCGAACUUCGAAAUCUCAUUACGAAAGGUGAUGUUUUAGUACCGGGAGAUGAGGGUUACCCGGACAGUCUUCAACGCUGGAGCGCCACUUGUGUUCGUCCUGCAGCACUUGUCAUUCGGCCAGCAGACUCGACAGAAACCAGCGCAGCUGUAAAAUUUGCAACAUCAAACUCAAUCCCGUUUGUUGUUCGCGGCGGCGGCCAUAACCCAAGCGGUGGUUCGUCCUCGGAUGGGGGUAUGGUGAUUGAUCUCAGUCUUCUCCGCUCGGUAUAUGUCCACGAGGAGACACAGUCCGCCACAUUCGGCGGUGGCUGUAUCUGGGGUGAUGUCGACUCGGCAUUAUGGGAGAGGGGCUAUGCAACUGUUGGUGGCACUGUCAGUCAUACCGGAGUGGGCGGUUUGAUCCUCGGCGGUGGCUAUGGAAUGCUGACCGGACGAUAUGGUCUCAGUAUUGACUGCCUCAUCAGCUGUGAGGUCGUCUUGGCAAACGGCGACGUUGUUACUGCAAACGAAGGCGAGAACCCUGAUCUCUUUUGGGCACUACGUGGUGCGGGCCAAAGCUUUGGCGUCGUGACAUCGUUUACCUCGCGCAUCUUUCCGCAGGGAGAAGUCUGGGGAGGCGUCGUCGUCUGGCCGCUAUCGGCCAUACCGCAAAUCGUGUCGUUCAUGAAUGACUUUGUCCGCAAGACGAAUGGCGACCAGUACAUGAUGCCGAUGCUGGCAUGUCACCCAAAGACGCUGGAACCAGUCAUUGCGGCAUCAUUAUUUUACAACGGCGACAAGGAAUCCGCCGAGUCGUUUUACGCUCCAGUCCUGGCGCUUGGCAAGGUGAUGGAUCAGACGGCCGUCAUCCCGUACCCAAAGGCCAACACAUUUCCCGAGCCAAAGGUUCCUCACGGCAAGCGAUACUUGUUUAGUGGAGCCAACUUUCUGUGCCCGGUGGAUGUUGAUCUGAUACAAAAGGCAUCCGACAUGUUCCACGCACUGCUUUCCAAGCCCGGGAAUGAAGAAUUGAAAGCACGGAGCAUGGUGGGAUUCGAGCUCACACCGCACACCAAAGUCCGAUCCGUCCCUACAAGUCAUACGGCAUUUGCAGGCCGAGGGGGCACCGCAUACAAUGUCAUCAUUGUGAUAUCGUGGGAUACCGAGGAGCGAGACAAAGAAGCCAAGAGAAUCUGCGCCGCGAUUGCCGGAUUCAUGAAGGAAAAUGGAUGGAAGGGUGAUGAAUCUGGCGAUCGCGGUGGUACAUACUACAAUUACCUAAACCCCGUCGUGGAAAGCGACCGCGCCUUUGUCAAGGCUGAUCGUGUAUUUGGGCCAAACGUCGAAAGGCUUCGGCAACUCAAGACAGUUUACGACCCUAACAACGUCUUUAGGAAGGCUGUCAAUCUUGUUCCCGCCUCUCAUACCGAUUCUUGA